AUAUAAUUUCCAAAGCAAUAAUUAAUAAUAAUUAUUAUUAUUUUAAGAAUCUCUCUCUCUCUCUCUCUCUCUCUCUACUGCAACUCGAAAUCGUGAUCGUACGUCCGGCCACCGAGAUGAUUCCAUCUGUUUAGUGCGUCUUCGUGCCUAUAAAACCUUCUCUCUCUCGUUCCCAUCACUCAUCUCAGUCUUAGGGUUUUUCAUCUCCCUUUUGCUAAACUCUCGACGAUGAAAAUUUUCAAUCUUUCCCAGAAAUUGAGUGUCCUCUGCUGCUGAAUUGCGAAAUUAGGUGUUUUUUGAUAACCUUAGAAAGUAUCGAUUUUGCUAAUUCCUCAACUCUCGACGAUGAAAUUUUCGAUCUUUCCCAGAAAUUGAGUGUUCUCUGUUGCUGAAUUGCUCGGAUCGUUGCGAAAUUAGGGGUUUUUGAUUGAUUUGUUUAACCUAGAAAGUAUCGAUUUUGGGGGUUUUUUUUUUUUAAGAAAAUGGAAGACGGCGAGCUUGAAUUCUCUAACCAAGAAGUGUUUUCAAGCUCCGACGUUGUUGGUGGGUUGCCUCCUAGCAACGGUUCGAUAGAUAGUUUCUUCGAUGGGCUUCUAAUGGACUCUCAUCAUCAACAUCAACAUCAACAUCAACAAGGUGCUUGUACCCACACUCACACGUGUAACAACUCCACGGGAACAGCAGAUAACACUCACAGCCACACGUGCUUCCACGUCCACACCAAGGUCCUCCCCGAAGACAGCGACGAGAAAGUCUCCACCGAUGAUACAGCCGAGUCUUGUGGCAAGAACGGCGAAAAGAGGCCUUUGGGGAACAGAGAAGCCGUUAGGAAGUAUAGAGAGAAGAAGAAGGCUAAAGCUGCUUCCUUGGAGGACGAGUGUUCGAGGCUCAGGGGUUUGAACCAGCAGCUUGUGAAGAGGCUGCAGAGUCAGAGUGCCUUGGAAGGUGAAGUCUCGAGGCUUAAGUGUUUGCUUGUGGAUUUGAGAGGGAGGAUUGAUGGGGAGAUUGGGUCUUUUCCUUAUCAGAAACCGAAUAUUCCUUCUUUCUCCCACUUGGUGAAUCCUUGCAACGUGCAGUGUGAGGAUGAGGUUUAUUGCCUUGGGGAUGGGUUUGGAGGUGGGGGGAAUAGCCAAGAAGGUGGUGGUGGUGCGUCCAUCAAUGAACAAGGUUUAAGCGGUUGUGAUUUUGACCAGCUUCAAUGCAUGACUGAUCAGAACUUAAACGGUUCAUUCAACAGUGCCAAUGUAUCUGCCACUAAUAAGAGAAAAGGUGGGCAUCGUGGACCGAAAGGAGCUUGAAGGGUCAUCAAGCUUGUACCAAUCAUCUUAUGUACACUAGGAUAGAUACUGUAUUCAAAAUAAAGUGCUGCUGCAUCAGCUUCACUCAGGUUCCUCUUGUGUUUUGCAUUUUGUUUCCUUUUUUUUUUUUUGAAACUAUUUUCCUUCCAUUGUAUUUUUGUUGUUGAGUUUGCCGUACCAGAUGGGAUGAUUUGUUAAUAUAAAGUCAAAUCUUUCCGUGUGUGUUCUUUGUCAUUUGUUUUCAUGCUUGAGUAGCUUCUUUCUAAGUUUGUGUAGAAGAAGCUGCUUGAGAAUGAUCUCUGUGUAUGUAUGACUUGUAGCAAUUGUUUUGACCCAAUGAAUGACAGUGUUAAGGUGUU